CCUUCUCCGAGUUCCACCGCGCAUCUCCUCCACAAAAACCACGACCGACGAGAUAAACUUCACUGCACUGCCCACGUAUUCCUCUGCCUCCACUGAAUUCUCAACCGCAACUCAACUGUUCGUAAAAGUGCACCUGCCCUGGCCCAGCAAAAAGAUGUCAAACGAUCUGAAUCUGAAUUCUGAAUGACGACGUCGGCCUUAUCCUCUGCUCUUAAUCCAAUCCACAAAAAUGGAAGACUUCGUCCACCUUUUUUCACAGCUUAACUCCUCACUCACUCUAAUCUCCUUUUUUUAAUUUCCAGCCGCCCGCGGAAUUCUUCCUCCGGCAGCACCAGUGUAUAGUUGCUUGAUCGUCUUCCCCUGUUUCAGUUCUACUCAUCGAGACCCAAUCACUGAUCUCAUGGAUGGAAAAGGUUUUGAAUCAGAUGAUUCUUCCAUCUCUUCCUCUUCCAAUCUCUCAGACCACGAAGUUUCAUCAUCAUCACCCACAUCGCCACUAUCAACAUCAAGCACUUCAACACGAGGACCUCUGUUUGAUUUGUCUGCUACUCUCAUGGCUGAGCUCCCUGUCAGGAGAGGCCUGUCAAAGCACUUCCAGGGGAAGUCUCAGUCGUUCACAUCUCUAUCUGAAGCCAGAUGCAUAGAGGAUCUCGCAAAGAAAGAGGCUCCAACUUGUGGUAAGCGGAGGAUAAAAGCGUGGAAGAGUUACGGAGGUUUCGUUUCUGGUCCCUGCAGCAGGACUAUAACAAAGAAGUCUUCCAGGUGUUCUAGCAGAAGCCUUCUGUGCCGCAGUAAACCCUCUGCAAGUAAGAAUCUAUGAGAAGCCAGUUUCGCAAGCUAUGGAGAUUAGGAAUAGAAACUGCAUGAAGCUAGCCCACGGCUUGGCAAUAGAAAUUAAAGCCCAAGCGUUUUUGUCUCGCGGAGGUUAACUCCGGCGUUCCUGCCGGUGAAUGUGUUCCAUAAAUUUCUUUUGAGCCACAGUGCGCUUGCAAUGUUUACUCGCAUCUUUCUUGUUUAGUUGGAUUGUAGUAGUUCGUACUCUCGUUGUUUUGGAUGGUGUUUUCAUGAGAAUCUAUCUAGU